GAAUUCCCAUGGCUCUCAUUACGCAUGCAAAUGACCCUAAAAAUGGGACAUGCGCAGUUAAUAAUACGUGGGUAAUAAUGCCAUCUUGUUGUUUUGGAAUAGUCUGGGUAACAUUUGGUACGGGAGAGUAUUUCACUCCUCAAAAACUGGCUUGUACGUCAUUCGAUGGCCUUCAUGGACAUGUUUGUGACUUUUCUGCUUCUUGUAUUCUUGUUGCGUACCGAAGAGAGUAAACUAUGUCCAUCAGGUUCAGAUACGAAUAUGCAGAACAUCUUUGGUGUUGCCAACAAGCAAGGCUACUUUCAGCGUGGGAUAUGGCACCGUGUUCCCUGUCAGUCAUUUCUUUCCGGAGAGGAACUUCUCGGUGUAUUUUGGUUCCGGGGAUCAAGCAUUGAAGACCCCAAUAAAAUACUUGUAGCCAGCUUCUCAAGCAACCGAUACGUUUACGCUAGCAAAAGAUACACAUUUUCGUCCGAGUUCAGCCUCGUGGUUAAAGAUGUCAAAGACAGUGAUGAAGGCGGAUAUUUGUGUAAGGUUGCACCGCGUCACGUGAUUGACAGGGUUGGAAAGAUUGAUGUGCAGGUUAUUGGUAACACGUUUCCAGCCAGACCGAGUGAAGCCUCGACGAUUGUCAGCGUCCAGCGAGGACGCAGGCAGACCCUUACGUGUCACUGCGCGCCAUCAGACGCACAAGUGUCCGUAGUAUAUUGGUCAGUUGGAGAGGGUGUCACUGCUGACACAGAUAUCAUUGCGGCACGUUUCUCCGAUGGUACAUUCCUUCAGGUCCGUCACGGCGCAGAUUAUUCAAUAUCCAGAAAUUUUUCUCUAACAGUCAACUCUGUCAGUGGAAAUAACACAGGGAGAUAUUGGUGUCACGUGUUUCUGUUGAACGGUACACGGCAAAAUUGUUACAUAGAGGUACAUGUUGCAGUUGGAAGUCAAACCAACCAAGCACUCCGAGCCUCUGCAACAUCUUUCUACCUUCGUGAGGGAAGAUACCAGACAAUCCCGUGUACGACAUGGGCACCUGGUGAUGAAUUCUGUUUACUGCAGUGGUAUAAAGUUGACCUUUCAGGUCGAAGACUUGUCCUGAACUACUCGGUGUCGACAAAUGCCGUCAGUGCUGUGAGUGGGUUUGAUCUCAGCGAUGACUAUGGCCUGUCAUUUACAUCGGUGAACUUCUCGCAUGCUGGACGGUACAGUUGCCACCCUGGUUACAUCAAUUCCAGCUUUGAUGAUCUGCUUGACUGUCAUGUGUUUGGUGAACAAUUUCCUUUAGGUAGUAAACCAAGUGUCCGAGGUACGUCCGUUACCUAUGAACCCGGCAAAGUGCAAAUACUAAGGUGUCCUACUGGGUUGAAUGUCACUGCUAUGAGCAAAGCAACUCUCCUCUGGUCUUUUGGUGCUCGAGAUGCAAACAGUGUCACUGUGAUUGGUAGAAUCGAUAUCGUCGAUGGAAAUAGUACCGUAUCAGAGCUUGGAAAAAUCUGCGUCAGCAUUUCCUCUGAGGGUUCCCUUCAUUUGGAUGAUUGCCCCCAAAACGGUGACGUCAGAUAUUGGUGUCAUGUUUUUGCCAACAAUGAGUUGUGGCAGUCUUACAUAGAUGUUUUGACUCAGGAUAGAGCCUGGCUCACCUCUGUGAUAGUUUCUGCCGUCUUCGUUAUCAUUGCUGUGAUUGCCUUUCUGAUAUUCAAGUACCGCAAACACAGGUCGAAUGGCCAUCAGGACGGCUACUCAGCAAUUGAAGGUACGAAGUUAAAAUCAAGAGGGAUUGUAGAAGAGUGCAAAGAGUUCUUAAGGACAACCUUACUCGGUCUUCCUACUAUACCGUGGCUCACGGAGGACGAUGGAUGCUGCGCUUGGGUAGAAGAUGUGUAUUCAUCGAGUGAGCUACUUGCCAUUAUGUAUGUAGAUGGUAGGUCAGUAAAAUACAGAAUACACUCAACGAAUGAAAUCUUUGAGGAUGGCAUCUCAAUGCCGUCUAGUAAUGUCCUUUUGCAGGGAAGAGCGGGGAGCGGCAAGACUUUCAUCUUGUAUAAAAUGGCUUAUGACUGGGCUUGUGAGAAAUCCGAAUCUGUCUUCCAGAAGACAAAAAUAGUCUUUCUGUUGCCAGUGCAAGUCCUCCUUGAAACGAGGAAUGUCGGUGAGGCAGUAAAGAAGUGCAUGCUGUCAAGCAAAACACAAUUUUCAUCAGAAAAUGUCAACGAGUAUUGUGUUGAACACUUAAGUAAUGUGGUCAUUCUCGUCGAUGGCUGCUCUGGCAAAGAUGAUGUUACAGGCGCGUGGGAGGUCUUGAAAGAACAAGGUCUUCUUGAGUGCCAAGUUGUGAUGACAAUAAGACAAGCACAAGAAGCAGAAGAUGUGUGUAAAAAGUAUAAUUUUCGCCACGUGUUGACCAAUGGAUUCAAUUUAUCCGGUCACCUGAAUAGGUACGUUGAGAAGUUACUUGGCUCCAAAGUACACGAUAACCUCCUCGAUUAUUUGGACAAAGAUGUUCUCCCUCCAAAAUUGUCCCGUCUGCCAGUCGUUAUCCGUGUUUUGUGUCUUUUGUCCAGUUGGACAAACGAUGAAGCUUUUAGAGAUAAGCCGACGAUGACUGAUUUGUUGACCAGGUUAGUACGCUGCUUGUUUGAUUCUAACAUGGAAAAACGGAAAAAAAAUUUCAGGAGCAUGUUAACCAAGGAACAACUUGGCAUGGUUGCAGAACUUGGUAGAGUGAUCUUCGACAAGGUCUGUGAGGGUUCCGGAGAUCCUUUUUCUUUUUCAGAAUCAAGUUUUCGAGAGAUUUCCAGAAGUGCCCAAACAUUCAUCGAAAAUUGCCUAAAGAGUGGACUGAUCUGUCGGACUCAGGAGAUAAUCCGGUCCGGCGAAACCGAAAAGAUUCCCUUGGCGGAGACAGGCUCGAAAUCUCACAUUAGUUUCCGAGGACUUGUGGAUAAGCCGAAUACAGAAACUGAGGUCAGUGAACUAGUUCCUUUGGCACGCACAAAUGAAAAUGUUCACUUUAUCCCAGAAAUCCUGGGGGAGUUUUGCGCUGGUAGCUACUUGUCAAGUGCAGAAAAGGGCAAGCUGUUGGAAUCAGCCAGAAAGGCUGAUGUCGAUAAGUUGGCCAACAUUCUAGUCUUUGCUAGUCAGCGCAGUGUCGCGUGUCGUUCUGAGGUGAUUGAGUUUCUAGUGGAGCGUGUCUCAGAAUCAAUGAACCGAGUCCAAAAUAUUGCAAGUGAAUUGGAGGUGCAGAAGGUGAUUGAUUUGUGUCUGCAAGUGAAUUUCGAAGGCAAAUGCAAAUGUUCUUUGAACAAGGAUCUCAGGUCAAUGUUUCCUGAAGGAAGGUUGCGUUUGUUUGGAAUCUCCAGACAUAGGUUGAGGCUUUUGUCAUACCUUCUAGAACAUGCAGAGGGACCGAGCACAGACUGUAACUUGAAUCUGAAGUCAAUUGAGCUGUUCCGGUUUGAGCAACAUGAUUGGGAAGAAAUUCAGGAAUACCUGGAGGAGUUUGUUCCAGGCUCCAUCAAAAGUACAACAUGCAAACGUCUGCAUAACCCAAAGCAGCACCUGAAAAAGGAAAUAACAUCCAGAACCUCCAAAGACCAGAUGUUCCUCCAUCGUCAGUCAGAAAGGGAUAGUGCUGUCCUGACCUUGGAGUCUAUUGCACUUGAAGAUCUUCGGGAGUCACAGUCUGGCAAUUGUCAAAUGUCAAGUUCGUCGCAAAGUUUUGUUCUUUCCCUUUCCCAUCUGACAUUGCUGGACAGCGUCGUACUUGUUGGUUCAAUCUUAAAUCCCGGUGAAAUUUGCAGUUUAGCCAACCAUGCAUUACGUAACCUUCCAAAGUUAAAAAGAUUGGAUCUUCGUCUUAAUAAAGAAUUUGAUGACGCUGCAUUCACUACCGUGAUGUUUUCACUGCCACAGUGGAAAUCACUAAUCGACCUGAGGUUGUCUCUUUUCAAGGUUACUCCUAAAGGGUUCUCAGAAGUUGCAGUGGCAGUGAAGGAGGAGGGAUUGACUUUGGGAAGAUUGACAACCUUUUAUCUUCUUCACAGUCAGCCAUCUGACUCGUUCGCUAAGUUUCUCACGACCAGCCUGGUGUACCUUAAUAAUCUUAAGAGCUUACACAUUUCAGGUUGCGUGGGUCGCGACAGUACCAUGUCGGAGUCAGCUCUCAAGGAAUUGGAAAAGGGUAUGAAAGAGUCACAACUGAGGGGGAAUGCUGAGUUUGUUGUUGACAGAAUGGAGCCAUUAAGUACAAGACUGUCAUCAAAAGACAAGAAAAGAAGAAAGACAGAAGUGGGGCAAGGAUCUUUCCAGUCAGCGUGACAUUAAUACCAGGGCUUGGAGAGCCUAGCAAUUCAGAAGCAAAGGCACGCAAGAACGACUGGAAACGGAGACACAACUUGGUUCGGCGGUCUUGUUUAUGGACUUCUUUGGAGUUCUGUUGAUUUCAUUACUUUUUUUUGUCAGAUACUUGUGAAACUUCCGAAAGUGUGUACAAACUGUAUUCUGCAUGGGAUUCAAAGGAUGAACUUCAAGUCUGAAUCAGGAAAUACUCUUUGCCAAGGACAAUUCUGAUCGUUAUCCCGUCGCAGAGCUGAGCAAAAACACUAACGGAGGAAAAUGAGCUGGCUGUUUUGCCAUCAGAACAUGAAAACGCUCAGUUUUUCCUUGAGUUCCUUCCCAAGCUUCGUUCUGGUAUGUACAAACAUACCAAAAAGUUAUAUAACAGAAAAUAUUAUGGAAGUAGUUGUUAAGGUUGAUGUUUUAAACAAUGUGGAAUACUUGGCCCAGGUUUAAGGUUAACUAGCCGUUAGAGUACAGAUCAUCGGCAAGAACAGGGUAUCCCCUUUGCUUAAGACGGGUCCGAUAAUGAAAACUAUGUGGCACAGACUUUUUUGAUCGUGCAAUAUAUGUCUGUACACAUGAAUCUUGCCGAUAUAAUAGGUAGUAUUAAGGUUGUUUUAAGCUUUGUUAUGUAGUGCAUGGCUUCGGCAAAUUUUAUUUUAGAUGUUCCCAGCAACUGGGACUUGGUUUGGAUGGGUAUGGAUCAAGACUCUUUAUUUUUAAGGUCUGGUGUAUAUUUUUAAGUCAAAAGGAAUCUCCAGAUUGCAUUUGUUGUUAAUUGUUGCUCACUUCCUAAGUUCAUUUGUUAUGGAAAUUUAAACAUUGUUUUUUAACUAAUAAAAAACUUCAUCUGUUCAAUAGCUGCAGGGGUGACUUUUUAUGUGUGUCGUGUAUUAGAACGCAAUAGGCGGUGGUACAAGAGAUGGAGCCUUUGUCCACCACCGUUCCAGAAGGUUGUAGCUUCUCCCCUCUCUUUUGAAGCUAUUUACCAGUUAGCCAAACUUCCUUUAAAUACAAAAUCAAAAUCGAGUCUUUUUCUUUUCCAUGCCAUUUUAUCUUCCCACUGAUAAAUUUCAAGUAGUUUAAAGCAUAUCUUAACAUUUUAGUGCAGUGCAUAGGCUCUUUUCUUUCAAAGUUUAGUACUCGGUGAAGUACUCAUUUGCAUGAAGAUAUUCAAGCAAUUAAUCACUAUCAUUAUCACGACUAAUUUAAUGAAGAGCUGUUUUGCAUUUUGUCAGCUUCUCCCAUAACGACUUAUUGAUUACCGCAGGCUGUUAUGGACAGUACCAAUAUGCUUUUUGGAAGCAAAGUCCCAAUAAUUAACAUAUUCAGAUCUGAAUUAAUUAAUCGAAAGUGAUUUAAAUGCAAACGUCGGGUUUAUUAUUAUCAUUAUCAUUUUUGUGACUCAUUUUGUAACUUCAACAGUUCACACUCGGUAUUGUUUUAGAUAAUUCAUAUUUCCUUUAAUUGUUUUAACAAAUAUUCUAAAUCUGUAAAUACAAGAAUCUCUGCUGCAUACUUCUAUUUCUGAAAUAAAUAAAAGAAAAUCAGUAAAAGGGUUGAUCCAAGAAAAUGUAUGUAAUUUUUCAUGUGAAGGUAACAUACUUGACACUAUUGGGCUGUAUUUGGUCGACGUGGAUUAUAAACACGUGUAAUUAAAUUAUGAGUGCUUUUAAACAAAAAUUCUUGCAUACGAAUAAUAAGUUAUAUGUACACUAUAUAAAGUUCUAUGUACAAAAUCCAGGGUAUCCCCUUUGCUUAAGAUGGGUCCGCUAAUGAAAACUUAGUGGCGUAGUUGAUUGUGCAAUAUGUCAUGUAAUUAAAUUAUGGGUGCUUUUAAAGAAAAAUUCUUGUAUACGAAUAAUAAGUUAUAUGUACACUAUAUAAAAUUCUAUGUACAAAAUCCAGGGUAUCCCCUUUGCUUAAGAUGGGCCCGAUAAUGAAAACUAAGCGGCGUAGUUGAUUGUGCAAUAUGUCAUGUAAUUAAAUUAUGGAUGCUUUUAAAGAAAAAUUCUUGUAUACGAAGAAUAAGUUAUACAUGUAUAUAUAAUAUCAAAUUCCAAGUUCUAUA